CCAGCCCCGUGCCAGGCUCCGGUCGCCGUCGCUGGUACCCGCGCGGUGCAGCUGGGCUGGGAGGCGCUUCUGCGGCGCUGCGGGAGGCACGGGGAGUGGCGGUGGGGACUGCCUUGUGCUGAUCUCACCAACAGCUCCGGAAAGGUUUUUGCAGGGUCCACCCUGAUCCGUCGGUGUCAGGUUGGUUUUCGGCUAAAGGUAUCUUUCAGAUAGCCCCCCGGCAGUGUCUGGACCGAAGAAAACCUGUUUCUGUUGCAUUUGGUGGAGGCUGUAGGUACCUGCUUGGUGGUGCUUGCAGCAAUAGCUCCAUGCCAGGAGACGGUGACUUCAGGAGCUCCUCUCGACUUCCCUUAAGGAGUUUCUGUAACAGUGAUGAUAUAAUUGGGAUUGGCUUAUUUACCUAGAGAAUUUCCUGUUUCAAUCUACUUCCUUAAAGAGAUGAAGAAAGGACCAGAAAGUGAAGCAUAUGCACUUGCUGCUCCAGGCAAUUUAGUGGGGUCAGAUCCAGACACUAACAGCAACAAUGGAACCUCAGCAAGAGAGAAAGACAUUCUUCCUUCUCCCAGAGAACUGAAAACCAGCACAGAAACAUCCAGAAAGAAACUCUGUGGUUAUUUAAAUAAGCUGGGCAUCAAGGGGCCAAUCAAGACCUGGAAGUCUCGCUGGUUCUUUUACGAUGAAAACAAAUGUCGCUUGCUGUACUACAGAACUGCCCAGGACAUUAAUCCUUUGGGGUCUAUUGAUCUCUCCAGUGCCAGCUUUGACUGCAAAAUGGAAAAUGGGGAAGGAGUUUUUGAGAUCAGAACACCAAGCAGAGCUUUUACUUUGAAGGCAAUCAGCAAACAGGCAAUGAUGUACUGGCUGCAGCAACUGCAAAUGAGACGUUGGGAAUUUUGCAACACUCAGAGCAGAUUUCCUGUGGGCAGCUCCCAGCUUGUGAAUGAACCUCUGGCUGGAAGAACAAUUGACAGUGAAGACUUUCUGCCUCUUGUGAAAACACCAACAGAAGCAGUGGGUUUAAAGGCAGCAUCUUUGCCUGCACCCCAAAUGUCUACUGCUUUGCAGAACAUCUCCCUUAAGCACCCUUGGACGGAGAUACAAAACACUGUCUACAACAUUUGUGGCUCCAAGCAGCUCUGGGGGAGCAAUGGGAAUGUCUUUAGCUUUGAUGAAUUCCAAGAGCAUCCUGAGAAUGUGGAUGAGGAGCAAGAGGCAGAAGGUGCAGUUAAGGAAGGGACCCUGGAAGAUGGGAGGAUGGGGCCCAGGCUGAAGUGGAUUAGGAAAGCCAGGUGGAUGAACAGUGGCUUCCCAGGCUCUGAAGAAUUGUUGAGGGAGAAGAACUCAGUGGAUAAAGUGAGUGACCUUCAGCAGCAGAUUCUGACACUCACAGAGGAAGUCAAGUCACAGAAGGAACUGGUCAAACUUCUUCACAAAGCUCUGGAGGCAGCCCAGCAGGAGAAGCGAGUAUCUAGCAUGUAUCUCACAGCAGCAGAAGAUAAGGACAGGCUGGAGCUGGUGCGCCACAAAGUGAGACAAAUUGCAGAUCUGACAAGUCGACUGGAAGCUCUUGAACAAGAAAAGAAGGAACUGGAGCAGAUACUGACUUUGAGAGACAGCCAUAUCCAGGAGCUCAAGGAACAUGUGCAGCUUUUGAUGGAGAAGAACCAUGCCAAACAGAAAGUCAUCAUGACCUUGACAGAGCAGAUGGCCCGAAAACUCUCUGACCCCCUGCAAGAAGCUAACACUAUCACUGUAGAGACAUUGUAUAAGCAGCAGGAGGAGAUUGAGCAUCUGAAGGAUGAUAUUGAUGCAUACAAAACCCAGAACCAGUUUCUCAAUUCUGAGAUCCACCAGGUUACUCGACUCUGGACAAGUGUUGCUGAGAAUGAAAAAGCUCUUCUGAUGAAGUGUGCCUGCCUGCAAGCAAGAAACUGCCAGAUGGAGAGCAAAUACCUGACAGUCUUGAGAAAGCUGCAGGAGGCUGUGCCUGGCCUGCCCAACUCUCAUACUGAACUUGUGAAGAACCUCAUCCAGGAGGCUCUCCAGUGGGAUGUGAAGGAAGAAGCAGAAGAAGGUUUUAACUUGAACCCUGUAAGUGAGUAUGAUGAGUAUGGGUUUAUGACUGUACCUGACUAUGAAAUUGAGGACUGGAAACUUCUGGCCAGAAUCCAAGCCCUUGAGAUAAAGUCCAACAAACUGUGGAGCCAGGAAAUAGUGGAGAAGCCCCUCCGUGACAGAUGGAACAGUAUUGGAGAGUUGAACCCCUCUGCAGAGCUGAAGAGCUUAAUUCGAAGUGGCAUCCCAGUGGAGCAUCGGCAGCGGGUGUGGAGCUGGAUGGUCAGCCGGCACUGCAGCCCAGUGCCUGGCCACUACCAGCGGCUGCUGGAGCAGAGCAGGAGCACCGAGCACCCGGCCUGCCGGCAGAUUGAGCUUGACCUGCCCCGUACACUGACCAACAACAAGCAUUUCUCCUCUCCCACCUCCCAGCUCAUCCCCAGGCUCCGGAGGGUGUUAGUGGCAUUCUCCUGGCACAAUCCUGCCAUUGGGUACUGCCAGGGAUUGAACAGAUUGGCAGCUGUUGCUCUCCUGGUCCUAGAAGAUGAGGAAAGUGCUUUCUGGUGUCUGGUCUAUAUUGUGGAGAACCUAAUGCCAGCAGACUACUACAGUGAGACACUAAUAACAUCACAGGUAGAUCAGAGAGUCUUCAAAGACUUCCUGUCUGAGAAGCUGCCUUGCCUCAUGGCUCAUUUUGAACAGUAUCGGAUUGAUGUCUCACUCAUCACCUUCAACUGGUUUCUCGUGGCCUUUGUGGACAGCUUGGUCAGCGACAUCCUCCUGCGAGUGUGGGAUGCCUUCUUGUAUGAGGGAACUAAGGUAAUUUUCCGCUAUGCUCUUGCGAUUUUUAAAUACAAUGAAGAGGAAAUCCUAAGAAUUCAUGACAGUGUGGAGAUCUACCAGUAUCUACGCUUCUUCACAAGGUUGAUCACGGAUGGCAGGAAGCUGAUGAACAUUGCCUUCAAUGACUUAAACCCCUUCCCCAUGAAACUGCUGAGGAACCGUCGGUCAAUGCACAGAGAAGAGCUGGAGGCAGAGCUGCGUGAACUUGAACAGAUCAAGGCAGCCUAUGUGAAAGAGAGAGCAGAGCAGGGACCUCAGGACUUGGAGGAGGUAGUUAGUGAAGAGGAAGAAGAGAGCUAACAAAAAGAGAGUUCAUCAUCACUUCCCUCCCAUAUUGCAGAAGGUCAUCUGUAGCAACUGUCAGUGAGAAAUGGACCACAGGAGGAAGCGUGGUCACAGGAGCUCAUGUACCCCAAUAAGCAAGGCUGUAUGGGACCAUUUUGGAGACCAAGUCAGAUUUAUAAUGGAUUGGAAGGUGUCAGGGGAGUUUAAUCCUCUUCUAUAUUUCUCCCCAUUUAGCCCAUCCUGUCCUGUGCAGUUCAGGAUUACAGCUGAGGGUGCAGAAGAAAUAUCAGUUGUGGUGUCAUGACAGGAACUAACAUGAUGCAAAAGACCAAGCAGGGCUUUUAUUCAUUUUUGGAUGGAAGCUUGAAUGAGGUCUUUACUACAAGUAAAAUGUCAGAGAUAACGAACCAAGAACACUCCCUUGUUACCUAAAGCUUCAGAACUGGUCAGGAAGAAACUUCUCUUAAACAGCAUGGUGCCUUCAUUGUCUAGCCUGCCAGGAGAGUGUGUUUUUAACAUUGUUACUGAUCAAGACACUGUCUCCAGAUGAGUGUUGGGUCUGUGGAGGUUCUGAAAGCUGGAGGACAUCAGCCCAUGGGAUGCAGGCUGGGACCAGGAAACAGAUCGUGGGAGAGUAGAGUUCUUCCUGUAGGAAGUUCAUGGGAGCACAAGGUGUCUUCUGCUUUGCUGGGAAAUAUUGUGAGCUUUCUCUCCUCAUGUUUAGCUUUUAGGCCCUGGUAUCACUCUAUGCUGGUGAGUUUGCUCCAUGGAGGAACUCUUAUCUCUGUAUGAAACCAGCCUUCCUGUAGGCAGGGCCAAGUGUUAUGUGGACUUUUACUGGGGAUGACUGGAUUUUCUGAUAGUCUCACUCCUGGCCAUCUCCUGCCCCAUGGUUACAGUCCUCCUGUGCUGGGUUUUCACAUUGAUAUCCCUGUCUCUGAGUUCCAUUCAUUAUGAGAGGGACAAAGGUUUUUCUAUAGGAGUUUAUGAUAUUGAAGGUGUUUUGUCCAUGGCAUAUGGCUGGUAGUGAACCUGAAAACCCUGGGAACAAGGUCACAAAAGAUGACUUGAUAUUCUUUAGAAAAAAACAUUAAUGUCCCUUGAACCAAGGAGCUGGCCUCCAUGGGUCUAGCACACAGAGAUACCCUAUCUGCCUCUGGAAAUGGGGUCUGACAGCCUUCUGCCCUGCCUCCAGGCUCACCCAUCCCCUGCCUGUGCAGCUCAGCUCUCCACUGACCCAGGAUGAGUCAACUGUUUAGAUAAAUACAACUUAUUUUUCCUUAACAUGAUGCCAGAUCCUGCUGCCUCACUUUCCUGCUGAGUGGUGUAUUACUCCAGGUGUACCUGCAGUGCUGGCACAGAUAGCAUGCAGCAGACACUGCUGUAAGGGGCGGGGGCUCUAUGUUUUUAGACUGACCUUGAACCCAAAUGGCUUAUGCUUUCUUUAACUAUCUAGUGGUUAAUAACCCAGCCCUUCAAGUUGUCAGUACUUGUAGAGAGGAAGGAAAGGGAGGAAUUCAUAGCCCACAGUGUUCUCAGCCCCUUUCUUCUUGGGCUGUAGCCAAGAUGACAGACUCUAGUGGAAUUGUUGUCUAUUCACCUGAGAUACAUGGUCUGCCUCACUGGACAAAUCAGCAACUUUCAAUGCCUUAUAGAAGACUGAGAUGGGAGAGACCUGUGGAGGUCAACCACAUGGCAGAGAAGUAAUCAAAGUGGAAGUGAAAUUUUUGGGACGAGUGGACAGGUCCCCUGAAGGUCACUGAGAGCUGCACACAUUAAAAGUCUGGGAUGAGAAGGAAAUGUUACUGGAAGCCUGCUACAGUAUCUCAAAGGAAAAAAUAAGCUCAUUUAAAAAGUAUGCCAUCUAGAGAAGUCUAAAAGGCAGAAGGUUUUUCUUCACAUAUUAUACUGCUAAUCUGUUUAUAGACGUAUGUUCAUGAGUGCACACAGAAUUUAGCCAUUGUUACAGACAUUAUCUUCUAAAUCAAGACCAUGAAAAUUAGAUGUUUACUUACAAUUUUGUUUCCUAGAGCUUUCUGCAACAGAUUAAGAAUCUUUCCUCCUGAUUUGCCCUUAUGUUUAAUAAUAAAGGCAUUUGAAACAUGUAUUAUUAGACUAAACCACAGCCUGACUAUGAUCUGUGUGAUACAUAAAGUCAUCUGACAUAGACCUAAAGAUCAAGAUACUGAUCCUGAUGGAGAAUUCUGAAAAUAAUUUUAAAAUUAAAUUGGAAGGGAAGGACAUGUGAGGGUUGUUUUAAAGUUUCUUUUCUUUUGUGUCUUACUCAGCUCUUGGUUUUAGUCCAAAUAUAUUUGCUGAGGACUAUCUUCUCUGGUCCUAUUGAUAA